GGGCGCGCGGGGCCGGGCGGCCGCUCCCCCCCACCGGGGCCGCCUCAGGGACCGCCUCAGACCCCGGGACCGCCGCCCGCGCCCCGGCGGAGCCGCUCGGCGAGACCCCGGCUCCCCACCGAGCCCUGGCGGGAGCCGCCCCCGCGGGAGGGACGGGCAGCGGCGCCCCGGGAGCGGCGGGGCCGGGCCGGGAGCCCGGGCGCUCAGGAUGUUCCCACAGGGACGGCACCCGCCCCCGGUGCAGCCCGGGCAGCCCUUCAAGUUCUCGGUGCUGGAAAUCUGCGACCGCAUCAAGGAGGAGUUUCAGUUCCUGCAGGCGCAGUACCACAGCCUGAAGCUGGAAUGCGAGAAGCUGGUGAGCGAGAAGACAGAGAUGCAGAGACAUUAUGUCAUGUACUACGAGAUGUCCUACGGCCUGAACAUUGAAAUGCACAAGCAGGCAGAGAUUGUCAAGAGGCUGAGUGCCAUUUGUGCCCAGAUUAUUCCCUUCCUGACGCAGGAGCACCAGCAGCAGGUCCUGCAGGCAGUGGAACGGGCCAAGCAGGUGACCAUGGGCGAGCUCAACAGCAUCGUUGGGCAGCAGCAGCUUCAGCACCUCUCGCAGCACGCAUCCCCCCUCCCGCUGACACCCCACCCCUCCAGCAUGCAGCCCCCCAGCCUGAGCGGCACCGCGGGGCUCCUGGCCCUCUCGGGGGCACUGAUGGCACAGGUUCAGCUGGCCACCAAGGAGGACAGAGUGGCCCAGGAUGGGGAGAACAGAGAGCACACCCCAAGCAGGAGCGUUUCUUCUUCUCCUGCCGAGAGCCUGCAGGCCGAGGAGCACACGGGGCUGAAGAGGAAGCGGGAGGAGAAGGAGCUGCCUGGGCAUUCUGACAGCGAUGGGGAAAAGAGUGACUGCAACCUGGUGGUGGAUGAGGACCCACCCUCGGAUCCCGGCAGCCCCGGCCGCUCGCCCAGCCAUCGCCGGGCUCCAUCCCGCCGGGAGCUGCCCGGGAGCCCCGCGUCCGUCGGCUCCGGCGGCAGCGCCGCGCCCGGCCAGACCGAGGAGCAGAGCCCGACCGACUCAGUGGCCAGCGCUCCCACCUCCAAGCCCUCCUCUUCCUCACCACCCCGUGACUCCCUCACGCCAGGCCCCGGGCCCAGCUCGGCCGUCGCUCUCCGGCCACCCCCGGCCAAGGCCCCCAGCACCGACAGCGUCACUCUCCGCAGCCCCCUGAGCUCCUGCAGCCCCUACACGUCCUCCCUGGCCAUGGUGCCCCACGCCGCCCUCAGUGGGGAGCUCCCAGCCCCCGGCCUCUACAUGGGCAUCCACCUUUCAGUGCCCCAGGCCAGCAGCACGCUGCUCUACGGCCGCUCCCCCGGGGUGGCCUUUGAGUCUCACCCUCACCUGAGGGCUUCCACCCUCUCGUCUUCGCUCCCCACCAUCCCCGGAGGGAAGCCUGCCUACUCCUUCCACGUCAGCGCCGACGGGCAGAUGCAGCCGGUGCCGUUCCCCCCCGAUGCCCUCAUGGGCUCCGGCAUCCCCCGGCACGCGCGGCAGCUGCACACCCUGAGCCACGGCGAGGUGGUCUGUGCUGUCACCAUCAGCAACUCCACCAGACACGUCUACACCGGGGGCAAGGGCUGUGUCAAGGUCUGGGACGUGGGGCAGCCGGGCACCAAGACGGCCGUGGCUCAGCUGGACUGCCUGAACCGUGACAACUACAUCCGCUCCUGCAAGCUGCUCCCCGAUGGCCGCAGCCUGAUCGUGGGGGGGGAGGCCAGCACCCUGUCCAUCUGGGACCUGGCAGCCCCCACGCCCCGCAUCAAGGCUGAGCUCACCUCCUCUGCCCCCGCCUGCUACGCCCUGGCCAUCAGCCCUGAUGCCAAAGUCUGCUUCUCCUGCUGCAGUGACGGCAACAUCGUGGUGUGGGACCUGCAGAACCAGACGAUGGUGAGUUUCAAGGCCACACGGAUGGUGCCAGCUGCAUUGACAUCUCUAACUAUGGCACCAAGCUGUGGACAGGGGGGCUGGACAACACCGUGCGCUGCUGGGACCUGCGGGAGGGCCGGCAGCUGCAGCAGCACGACUUCAGCUCCCAGAUCUUCUCCCUGGGCUACUGCCCCAUGGGAGAGUGGCUGGCCGUGGGCAUGGAGAGCAGCAACGUGGAGAUCCUGCACGUCACCAAACCCGACAAGUACCAGCUGCACCUCCACGAGAGCUGUGUCCUCUCUCUCAAAUUCGCCUCCUGCGGUAGGGAAGUGGUUUGUGAGCACGGGCAAGGACAACCUGCUCAAUGCCUGGCGGGCGCCCUAUGGGGCCAGCAUCUUCCAGUCUAAGGAGUCCUCGUCAGUCCUGAGCUGUGACAUCUCUGUCAACGACAAAUUCAUCGUUACGGGCUCUGGUGACAAGAAGGCCACAGUGUAUGAGGUGGUUUACUGACUCCUGUCACCAUCAGGAAUGGGGACACACCUUUCCCAAUGCCACCAUGGCUCACAGAAGCCUCCAGUGCUGGACCUGCCCUCCUGCAGCUCUACUUUCCCUCCUCCUCCACUGCUUUCAGACACCAAACCAAGGCCUUGGCCCCAUUCUCCUGCCCUGGUUCCUGCAGGAGGCUGGAGGUGAGGGCUGGGUGUAGCCUGGCAUCCCCUGAGCUGGGCAAGGGCUGGGCUGGACAUCCUGGGCCCUGUCUGUCCUUCAGGCCAGCUGCACAGGGAGCUGGACAAAGCUUGGGAGCGUGUGUCUCCUGAAUUACUGCUACUGACUUAACAGCACCCAUUUUCUGCUGCAGAAACAGCUGUAAAUUAUCACUAAAGAAAUGUAUUUAACUAUGUUUUCAAUCCCUUACUAAUAAAAAGGAACAAAAGAA